CGCAAAUGAUCAUUACGGAUACACAUUUGAAGAGAUAAUGAUAAACUAAACGAGUGUUAUUUUAUAUCAAUAUAACAUUUAUUUAGUAUAUCACGCUUGGGAUAAUAAACAGUUGACAAUUAUAUAGAGAGCAAAACUAACUGUUCUGCGCAAACGCAUUGUUGCGCGAGAGUCGCGCAGAAAAAGUUAGUGUUCCAUUGACCGCGGCCAACAGUACACCAUAUUGGUUAGCCCAGAUGCUUGAUAAGCAAUAUUCAGUUAAUGUUUAAAAUAAUACAAAAGAGAAACAGUGUUUUUGUGAUAUGGAGAUGCAAGAUCGGUCUAAAGAAAAUGGUUUCCAAUCAGAAUCAACCGUAGAUUUAAUCCAAAAAAUAACUGGGGCCUUUGGUAAAUAUCAGCUGUUAUUAUGCCUUCUGAUAUUUAUGAGCAAAAUUCCAAUAGCCUUCCAUCAAAUGGCUAUUAUAUUCUUAGCUCCGAAAACUCCAUACACUUGUGAAGGCGAAGAAGGCGUUUGCCCAUGCUCCGAUCCAGUUUACGACACGUCGAUCUUUACCAAUACAAUGAUAUCAGAAUGGAAUCUAAUAUGUAAAGACAGAUGGAAGACCAGUUUCUCACAGACGCUGUUCCAAUUAGGUACUUUGUUAGGAAGCGUGUUUUUUGGAAUGGCUUCGGACAGAUUUGGAAGAAGAAGACCGAUGCUGGUGGCAGUAGUUGCUCAAAUAACUUUAGGCAUCGCAGCGUCAUUCGCUCCCAACUACUGGACUUUUUCAAUUAUCAGAUUAUUUGUAGGUGUAACAGUUGGCGGGACAAUGGUUAUUGGAUUCGUGAUUGUCAUGGAAUAUGUUGGAUCACAAUACAGAGACAUCAUAUCAGCCGUCUAUCAAGUACCAUUUAAUUUGGGUCAUAUGUUACUGCCUCUUUUUGGAUAUUUCUUCAGAGAUUAUUCGAAAUUUCAAUUAGCAAUAUCCAUACCUUCCCUGGCGUUGUUAUCAUACUUGUUUUUAUUGCCAGACACACCAAGAUGGUUAAUAGCAGUUAAAAAAACAGACGAAGCUGUGAAAAUUCUGGAACGUGUGGCUAAAGUAAAUAAUUUACCUACAGCUAAUAUUAAAACAGAUGUGGAAGCAUAUCAGAAUUCUUUGGAUAGUAACAACUUGAAAAAAGGGACGAUAUUAGAUCUUAUUCGGACCCCUAAUAUUCGAAAAAAUAUUAUAGUAAUGUCCAUAAAUUGGUUGGCGUGCAGCUACUUCUUUUAUGGAGUUUCACAAUAUGUUGGACAGCUGAGUGGCAAUGUUUUUACUAAUGUAGCAGAGAGCGCGGGCAUUACUUUGCUCGGCUCAUUCGCUUCAAUUCCUCUAAUGAGAGCCGUUGGAAGGCGUACUAUUAUGAUAAUAUUUAAUUUCGUAUCAUCCAUUUCCUUAAUUAUACUAAUAUUUAUACCUCCAGGGCAUGGCUCAGUUGUUUGUGCAAGUAUAGGCGUUGUAACUAGUUUUAUUGUUUUCGUUGUAGCUUAUUUAUAUUGUUCAGAAUUGUUUCCAACUGUCGUUAGGAAUGCCGCUUUAGGAGUAUCGUCGAUGAUGGCUAGGGUGGGGUCAAUGGUGGCUCCUUUUGUUGUAGAUCUGAAUUUGAAUGCUCGCUGGCUACCACCACUCGUAUUUGCAUUAGUGCCUCUUAUUGCCGGCGCUCUGACGUUCCUAUUGCCAGAAACAAAAGGCUGUAAAUUAAUGACUACUAUAGAGGAAGGUGAACAGUUUGGAAAAAAGAUAGUAUCAAAAAAUGAGUUGAAAUCAUAAGAUAUAAUAUGCCUAUUGUGGUCAAGCUCUAUUGUGAUAGUUUGCGACUCAAGUUUGUGAAUAAAUAUAGAUAUAAAAUAAAUAUAAAUUGUAAAUAUUUAAAUUCAUACGACAACUGUAAAUAUAUAGCUAAUAUUGAACUUU